AUGAGAAUUUUCAUAGCCUUUGAGGGAUCUUUUGAACCAUUUGAUGUUUCAGCAGAUGAAACUGUGGAGGCUGUCAAGCUGAUGAUAAAGGAUUAUUUCCACAUUCCUCUCUCUGAAGAUGAACAAGGCAGGUGGUAUCUGGAGCUGAUGUAUGCUGGAGCAGUCCUAAAGGACAGCUGGAAUCUUGCUGAUGUUGGAAUAUCUUUUGGUUCAACUCUCAAAUGCUUUGUUAAGGAAGAAGACAAGCCAACUCUCUAUGUGUUUAAUGCUGUGACCCAAGAGACAAUGCCAAUGAUGGAGAACAUUUCCCUUCUUGGUAAAAAAGUGUCUGAUCUGAGAACCCUGGUAGCUCUGAGAUGUGGCUUCCCUGUGAGUGUUUUCUGCCUCCGGACCCCAGAGGGACUGGAGAUGUAUGACUGCAACACCCUGAGGGACUACCAAACAGACAUCGGCACGACACUUCGUUUGGAUGUCUGGGAUGGAUGGAAGGAAUUUUUGAUGGGUUGUCUUCUGGGACAAAAACUUAAAGUCCAAUGCUAUUUAUCGACUGAAGGACCAGUACUCAAGUAUCAGAAAAAGGUGGCCCUGUACAUCGCCGCCUUUUAUGGGUACAUUGAGCUCACUGAAUGGGCCCUGAAGCAGGGUGUGCGGCCCGAAGAGGCUGUUGGUGUUCACCCCUGUCGAGCAUGGUGCCAUGAAGCCCUUCAUGCAGAUGUCUCUAAAUGCCCCAUUCAUGCAGCUGCAGAAGCGGGCCAACUGUUGAUUCUGAAGGCCUUUGUCAACUGCAGCGUGCUGUGCCUGGAAUGUAAAAAUGCAGCGGGACAAACUCCCCUGACUGUUGCAUUUAAACACAAGCAUAAAGACUGUGUAUUAUAUUUAUUGAGUAAAAUGUGGUCCACAGUUUCUUUUCCGAAAAUUUCAGUCCCCAUGAGGAUUUAUAUUAAAAUAAAACAGUGGGUCCUCAGAGCUCAGAGUCACAACCUUAAUAAAAGCCUGCUUUGUGGAGCAAGGGUCUUUGGGGCAAAAGUUGGAGACACCAUGAUGGUGGAUGGUUUCACCACACCAAAAAUGACCUCCAAGAGCUGGAAUAAGGCUAGGUACAAGGACUCACAAAGCACUGUGGGCAAGCUACCGCCUCUCAGGGAAGACACUGCAAGCAGGAAACCCGUCAAUCCUUUGGCAAUUUCACAGCAGGACACAAGACAACAAACCUUGAAAUUGCCUCCACUGGUAGAUGCAAAUACAUUCUCUGAAUUACAAAGACAUCAACAACAGCAUCAGAAAAAAAUUACUGCCACAGCUAGGAAAAAAGAAAAGCUCAUAAAAAAUACAUAUCUCCCCCAAGUCCCCCUCCCCCCAGUUUCCAGAGUGGACUAUUCACACCCAUCUUUUUACUAUGCAACACCCAGAGCUGACUUUUUACUCAAAUCCUCCUUGGCGUGUUUCUCAGAGCACAGUGGUAAGACUCCAAGGGAGAACGCCAUCUACUGCUUAGCAGUGGCCAGUGCCUUUAAAGAGAAACGAUGGCUUCAGCAGUUAGGAAUAGCAAGAGUUCUAGCCAAAAAGAGCAUUUCUAACCUGACUACACAAGGAAGCCUAACAGCAUGUGAAAAUCCUCCAGAAACUGUGCCUUGAAAAGUCAUGACAACCCCAGUUUGGACAAACAGAACCUUCAGUUCUAAUGUUAAUAUUUCAAGUAACUAAUGCUGUAAUUUCUAAUA